UAUAAUACAGACACUUGAAGCUCCCACACAACAUACCAGCCGCGCAAUAGGAGUCCACAAUUUCGAUUUUCAACAGCAUUUUGAGGCUGAAUUCAAAUUCACGCUGUUUUUCAAAUUUGCAAAAAAAAUAACAACAACAACAACAAAACACAACGUUUUUGGGUCAAAAACGCCUUUAAAAAAAAUAAUAGUUAAACGUUUUGAAAAUUAAGUGGCCGCCGGUUGUGGUUGGUGGACGAAAACGCAUUCUCGUUGGGCGUAUUUGAAAACAAAAAAUGUGUUGGUCUUCUCAGCAUCAACUGAAGUUCUUUAUAUUCAUUGUGAUUUUGAUAGUGCGGGCCAACAAUUUGGAGGCUCAAAGAACCGUUAGUGGCCGUGGGGUAUUGCGACGCAAUUAUACGGGCAAAAAACCGGUGCUGAUACAACAUCGUACCCAAGAUGCUGUCAACUAUUAUGAUCAUGAAAAUGGAGCCAAAAUAAUCAAGUCUUCACAUUUCGAGUUGGAUUAUACGUUGGGCCGUAAAAUCACCUUCUUUUGCAUGGCCCAGGGCAAUCCUCGUCCAACAAUUACCUGGUUCAAGGAUGGCUCUGAGCUGUAUCAGCAUCGUUUCUUUCAGGUCCACGAGGCCCAUAUUGACAACAACAUCAUCAAAUCGAAAAUGGAAAUUGAUCCCACAACACAAAUGGAUGCCGGAUACUAUGAAUGUCAGGCCGACAAUAUUUAUGCUAUAGAUCGACGCGGCUUUCGAACGGACUAUGUGAUGGUGAAUUUUUGAAAAAAAAAAUCUUUUAUUAUUUUUUUACAUUUUGUAUACAAAGCAAAAACUUAAUAAAAUAAAAAAUUAAAAUGUAGAAAAUUCUAAAGAAAUCGAAUUACAACUAUCAA